GCCUUACAUGAUUUGGCUACUGCCAUUAAUUCUCGGGUCACAAAGCCAUUUAUUCACCCUGUUGGCCCUUACAGGCACCCAGUAGUAGAGGUUGCCUAUUAAUAAGAGGGCCUCUUAAUAGGCAAUCUCUACUACUGGCCGCUAUCGUAAGUCCUUACCCAACCCCGCACUCAGGAUACACUUAGUCAUGAUUGGGGUAGCGCCUCCCAAUUAUACUGAACUGGGUCCUGCUUCUGACACAUUUCGUUGCGACGUCAAUGUCUUCACGGCAGCAGCGCUCGUCAUCUUCUUUCCCGUGAUGGAAUCUGUGUACUGGAUCUUCGUAGGGAAUCCGAAGAAUGAAAGCAUGGGUGCGAGCAGCUCGAGUAACGUUGAUGGUCUCGAGAUUACAUCAGGGUCCUGCGCCAUUGAUCGUACACUCUUCACAUAUUCCAGAGCCGUAGAAGCGACAGCGCUAGAGUCACCUGACACUUCGAGUACGACGGCCAUAAAAGCUUCGUCACACAUGCACCCUGUGACCAAAAUGGGGGCUGAACAGCGCAUCCCUGUCCUUGACGUCAAGGGCCAGCAACCACAACUCUACGAUCAAGCGGUAAAGGGUGGGCGUAGUAGCGAGCAACGGUGUGUUCCCGUCCCUCGCGGAAAAGGCAUAUUGCAGUAUCUUGCCAACUAGAUCGAUGACAAGCUUCUUUUCGACGGGCCUAUAGUUGGCUCUGCACAUAAUGAACUGGUCGUGAAAGAAGAGAAGCCAGGGAACGAUACGGUUCCAGGCGGAGACGAGACAUUGUUUUGCCUCAGUGCGAGAUCCAUUGUCGAUAUUGUCACGAUCCCGACAGAUGACCACCGGGCGAGCUCAGUAUCGGUGGUAGUGGCUGGAGUUGACUUCGCAGGAACGCAAUCUGGGUGAAGGUGCAUGUAGAACACUGGCUGCAGUAUCAUAGCUC